AUGAUUGAUCCUCGAAUUGUGCAACGGGCACCCCGUAAGGGCAACCAUCUCACCCUUCUUCUCUGCGGCGAGCCGGGGACAGGCAAACAUACGUUUUUGAACACGCUUGCCCAUGCAAGCGCCAUUAGUAAUGUGGACGGUAGCAGCACGGGCGGCGCCGCCGAAGAUGGUUCCGAUUGUUUAGGGGGCCAUUUUCAAGAUAUUUGUGUUCGGGAUCCGAACUUCCCGCCAGUAUCAAUUAAUGCUAUUGUUUGUACUGUUGGUCAAGAAAUUGAUAAUACAGGGGUUGCUGAGAAAAUUGUGAAGUACUUGGAAAAUCAAUUUUCUAAAAUUUUAGAGGAGGAAAUUAGAAUUAAGAGAAACCCAAAAUAUGUUGAUACUAGGGUUCAUGUUGCCUUAUAUUUCAUUAGAGCUACAGGGAAAGGGUUAAAUGAAUUGGAUAUAAAAUGUAUGCAAAAAAUUGGCACUAGAUGUAAUUUGAUCCCUAUAAUUUCCAAGGCGGAUACAUUAACCAGGGAUGAAUUAAUUGAGAAUAAGAAUUUGAUUCAAAGAGAUUUGGAACGAGCCAAUGUACGGGUGUUCCUGUUCACUUCUGCAGAUGAGGAUGAAGAUGAAGAAGAUGAACAGGGACAGUUUUUACAAGGAAUGAUUCCAUUUGCAGUCAUGACUAGUGAGGAAACAAAAGUCGGUAAAAAUAGCGACGAAAUUUUACAUUACCGCGAAUUUCCCUGGGGGGAAAUUAUUAUUGAGGAAGUUGAAACUAAUGAAUUUAAUGUAUUGAAGGCGGUAUUAUUGAGUACAUAUGUUGAAGAAUUGAGAGAUAGAACAAAUCAUGAUAUUUAUGAGCAAUAUAGAACCGAGAAACUUCAAUCUAAGGCGGUUAAUUAA